AUGCAGCAGCAGGACUUAUCGCGAAGGUACGGCAAGAGCCGUGCGGCGAUCAGCAAGGUGCUGAGGCCGGAGUACGCGAGGGGGGUCAUGACGACGGGUCAAGGGCUCAUGGUCAGGAACCGCAACGAGGUCCUCGAGAGCAUCGCGGAGGAGGAGCGUCUGAAGGAGGAGCCCAUGCAGUCUACCUGGACGGAGAUGAUGCGGCGAGGGCCAGGGGAGGGAGGGCGGUAG